GUGUCAUCGCCAUUCACCUCCAGCCAGGCUCCGGAACCUUAUCACCAAAAUCCUCGUCCCCUACCCGAGGCGAGCAUCAUGGCGGCCGCGCUCUUCUCCAGCUCGCUCUCGCCCCGCUUCCUCGCCCUAUCCUCCCCGAAGCCGGCCGCGCCCGCGGCCACAGCCUUCCUCCCCUUCAGGCUGCCGCCGCGCGCUGUCUCGGCGCCGGGUAGGCGGGUCUUCGAGCCCGUCGCCGUCGCGGUGUCGUCGGAGUACAAGACGGAGGGCGCGGAGCAGGAGGGGGAGGAUGGAUCCGAGGAGUUCUCCGAGGACCUGAAGCUGUUCGUCGGCAACCUACCGUUCAGCGUCGACAGCGCGCAGCUCGCAGGGCUCUUCGAGCAGGCCGGCUCCGUCGAGAUGGUCGAGGUUGUAUAUGACAGAAUGACUGGACGGAGCCGAGGAUUUGGAUUCGUGACAAUGUCUUCGGCCGAAGAAGCCGAAGCUGCUGUCGAGCAGUUCAACGGUUAUGCAUUUCAAGGAAGACAACUGAGGGUGAACUGCGGGCCACCGCCACCUAGAGAUGAAUCCACACCAAGAGCACCAAGGGGUGGUGGUGGCGGCGGCGGCGGCGGCUUUGUCGAUUCAGCUAACAAGGUCUACGUGGGGAACCUUGCGUGGGGCGUUGACAACUCGACUCUGGAGAACCUGUUCAGUGAGCAAGGGCAAGUGCUUGAUGCUAAGGUCAUCUACGACAGGGAUAGCGGCAGGUCAAGGGGGUUUGGUUUCGUCACCUAUGGCUCCGCCCAAGAGGUCAACAAUGCCAUAUCAAACCUCGAUGGCAUCGACUUGGAUGGUAGACAGAUCCGAGUCACGGCUGCGGAGUCAAAGCCGAGACGUCAAUUUUGAGAUUAUUUUCUUAUGGGGGUUUAGAGGCUGAUAGUGUGUUUCAAAACUUUUAGUUUGUAGUGUCUAUUCUUUCCUCCAUAUGAGUACCAAGAAGAUGAUAAUGAGAGACUGGCUGUGAAAUGGCUGUAUACAGGAAGACUUUUCCCCGCUGGAAAGAUGCAUUUAUUUGUU